AUGGCGGCAGCAGUCUCGGUGGGGAUUCCAGGCCGUGGGGGAGCCAGGUUGGGGCUGGAGCCUGCCGGGGAGGUCAUCCACCUGAACGUGGGGGGCAAAAGGUUCAGCACCUCCCGCCAGAUGCUCACCUGGAUCCCCGACUCCUUCUUCUCCAGCCUCCUGAGCGGGAGGAUUUCCACCCUGAAGGAUGAGACUGGAGCAAUCUUUAUCGACAGGGACCCCACGGUCUUUGCCCUCAUCCUCAACUUCCUGCGCACCAAGGAGCUGGACCCCAGGGGUGUCAACGGCUCCGUUCUCCUGCAUGAAGCCCAGUUCUACGGGAUCACCCCUCUGGUCUGGCGUUUGCAGCUCCGGGAGGAACUGGACCGGUCAUCCUGCGGGAAUGUCCUUUUCAACGGAUACUUGCCCCCACCAGUGUUUCCGGCCAAGCGGGGAACGCACAGCCUCGCAGGUCCCCAGCUGUCAGGCGGCCGGCCAGCCCCUGUGCGCCGCAGCCACACCAUGCCUCCCAAGUUGGGUAACGCAGGGCUGCUGGGAAGGUUGCUGGAAGACAAGGCACCCCCCCCCCCCACCUCAGGGACUCCGGAUGAGUCCCUGGUGCGGCUGGUCUGCGGUCACCACAACUGGAUUUCCGUGGCCUACACACAGUUUCUGGUGUGCUACAGGCUGAAGGAGACAUCAGGCUGGCAGCUGGUGUUCUCAAGCCUGAGGCUGGACUGGCCCAUUGAGCCUCUGGCACUGACUGCCCGUGUCCCCGGUGGUGCCCUGGGCGAGCAUGACAAGAUGGUGGCUGCCGCUGCUGGCAGUGAGAUCCUGCUCUGGGCCCUGCACAAUGGCAGUGAGAUCGGCGUGUUCCAGCUGGAUGUUCCCGUUGAGUCUCUGUUCUUCGUGGGAAACCAACUCAUUGCUACCAGCUCCACAGGCCGCAUCGGGGUCUGGAAUGCCGUCACCAAGCAUUGGCAGGUCCAGGAGGUCCAGCCCGAUGCCGCCGGCUCCUUCCUGAUGCUCAGCUGUAAUAACGGAGCCAUCUACUACUUAGAUGUGCAGAAAUUCCCCCUCAGGAUGAAGGACAAUGACCUGCUAGUGAGUAAACUGUACUGGGAUCCGGCCCAGGAUGGAGUCACUGCCCUCAGUGUCUAUCUCACACCUAAGACCAGUGAUAGCAGUAACUGGCUGGAGAUAGCCUAUGGCACCAGCUCUGGCGUCCGCGUGGUUGUGCAGCACCCAGAGACCGUGGGCUCAGGGCCCCAGCUUUUCCAGACUUUCACUGUGCCCCGCAGUCCUGUUAUCAAGAUUAUGUUGUCUGAGAAGCACCUCAUCUCUGUCUGUGCUGAUAACAAUCACGUGCGGAUGUGGUCAGUGACCUGUUUUCGGGGUAUCAUCUCCACCCAGCCAGGCUCUACCCCUCUGGCCUCCUUCAAAAUCCUGGCACUGGAGGUGGCCGACAGCCACGUGGGCUGCAGUGCUGGCAACGACAUUGGCCCAUACGGGGAGAGGGAUGACCAGCAGGUUUUCAUCCAGAAGGUGGUGCCUAACUCCAGCCAACUCUUUGUACGACUAUCAUCUGCUGGCCAGCGGGUGUGCUCCGUGCAUUCCGUGGACGGCUGUCCCGCAACGGCCUUCACAGACUACGAGUGUGAGGGUUCCCGGAGGCUGGGCUCACAGCCCCGACGCUACCUCCUCACUGGCCAAGCCAACGGCAGCCUCGCCAUGUGGGACCUUACCACAGCCAUGAACCGGCUGGGCCAGGCUCCAGCGGGAGGUCUGACUGAGGAGGAGCUGUUGGAGCAGCUGGAACAGUGUGAGCUGGCUCCUCCUGGGCCGACAGUGUGGAGCCUGGCCCCUAGACCCUCACCCCGGGCUUCCAUCUGCAGCUUCCAAUCAGAGGCUAGCGUAGACUCCAAUCUGAGUCAUCAGGGGAGCCCAGGCCCCCCACAACCGGAGGCCCGGAGACAGGGGCCUGGUAGCUUUGUGGAACGGUGUCAGGAGCUAGCCUGGAGUGGGCCAGACUCCCGGCGGCCCCCCACACCAGCCCCCCAGCCUCAUCCUGGCUCUGGGGGUCCUCUGUUACACCCAAAGGCUCCACUCAGCGAGACAUCCUUCUGA